ACAUUCCAGAAACAACACCCUUCCAUAUUCAGAUUUCUCUUCUUUGAAUAUUUUCACAGCUUCUCUUGAUUGAACAAUGGAGACACAAAGCAUUAUGAAUGGAGGAGCUGGAAAAGAUGUUGGGGUUGCUAACAAACAAAGCAUGAGAUGGACAGACUUUGGUUUGAGGUUUUUGGCCUUUGUACUCACACUUGUUGCUGCCAUUGUUCUUGGAGUUAGCAAACAGACUGAGCUUGUUCCUGUCCAGUUGGUUCCCACAUUGCCGCCGAUCAACGUUCCGGCAUUCGCUAAAUGGCAUCAUAUGUCCGCCUUUGUGUACUUUGUGGUGGUGAAUGCAAUAGCAUGUGCCUAUGCAGCUAUGUCCUUAGUCCUUUCAAUGGCCAAUAGGGCAAAAAUGAAUGGUCUUUCCCUAACAAUCAUUCUCUUGGACCUCAUCACGGUGGCACUGCUCUACUCCGGUGUCGGAGCCGCUGCAGCUGUCGGCCUCAUCGGAUAUAAAGGGAACUCCCACGUCCGUUGGAACAAGGUGUGCAACGUCUUUGGUAAGUUCUGUGGACAAGUCGCGGCGGCCAUUGGCAUUUCCUUAGUUGGUUCUAUCUUGUUUCUGUUGUUGGUAUUGUUUGCUAUGUUGAAUCUCCACAAGAAGAGGCAUCAUUAGCAAGCUGGUCCAAACAUCAUCCUCAGAAAGCAUUCUACUUGUAAAAUAGCUUUUCCACAUACGAAGUUGAUUGCAAUGCCUGGGCUAUGGUGCUUUUCUUUAACACGUGUUUGAUAAAUCCGUUGUAGACCUAUGUGUGUUGCAUUUAUGCUUUCUCUAAAUGUAGAAAUAUGGGCCAUGAAUUUUAUGUAUAAUAGCUUCUUUAAAUUUGUUUA